AUGGCAGAGUCAGGCCAUCAUUUGCUUCUAGUUGGAGAGACUGUUGACUCGACUCGUCUUGCUGAUGAAAAUUAUUCCAGCUUAUCCAGAAACUUGAAAACUCCCAUAAGAUAUAAAAUUGAGGAUGAUAAAGUUGACUUAGCCAAUGUAAUCCGUCCCCGUGCGGAUAAUGAUGCAGUUUUCCAUGUUGAAAUUUUCUUCUUCAACCUAGAUAUGAUUCCAGCAAGUGCAGCUUGUUUAGAUCUCCCUAGAUCCAGAGGAGCUCCCAAGUACUUAUCAUCUACUAAAGGCUUGUGUAUAUUAAGAGCGAUUUUGACCCAUAAGGCGUCUGUAUGA